AUGCCAGCAACCUUGUGUUAUGCCUUCCAUUCAACACCAAUUUAUCACCUAGCAAGUGUAUUUAACACGCACUGGGCACUGUAAGCUCUGCCCACUGACCAUUGAGCUUUAAUUGAACCAAUCACAUUCAUUAUGUCCUUGAGACAGAGCUGCCCUCAGGGCAAGAUUGAAUACGGAAAACUGUCCCUAACCAAUCUGGAUUGUUGUUUGAGGUUUAGGCUAAAUCUCUACCACCUGUUCACAUUCUUUUAAACCAACCCUUUGUCCAUCUGCUGGUGAACAAGAGAAAAAGCAUUUAGCAUUUAAAUAAACCGAUAACCAAACCAAAAACAACAUGGAAGCUAUCAAAAAACUAUGAAGAUGAAGAUGAAGGCACUUAAAAUGCCUUUAUUGUGGUCGUACGUUUAAUGAAACAACAUACAAAAAAUGAAUGUAAAAAGAAACAAGAAUACAAUGGAGCAUAUUAUCUACAAUAUUGUAUGUAUACUGCAUAACUUUGCUCUUCAGUAAAACAGAUUUGUUCAUUGAACAAUAUAUUUUAAAAUGUUAUAGAUUGGGUUGCCAGGUGGUGGUGUCAUACAUGACCGAUGACAUCACAAUGGUCUUAAAGCCAAUUUGAACAAUGGGUUAAUGUGGAAAUGUAUCAGUCUUCAUUGGUUAUCGACAUGGCUUGUUUCUGCUGGUGCAAAAAGGUAUGAAAUCAGGUCAUUUAAUCAAUGAACAACUACUAUAAUUCUGGAGUAGUAUGUUUCUCUUAAACCUAGUGGGAAGAAUAAAAGUAAAAUUACAUUCUGAUUGACGAAUACGUAAAAAGUGUACAUGAAAUGUACAUGAAGUUCUGCUAUUGCAAAUGUCACUCAAUGUAACCUGUCUAUACUGUGUUAUUUGAGGUUUAGGAUAGAUACCUAUGAUUCUCCAUUUAGGCCAACCUCUUCCUACUCUUAUGACCCCCCUCUUCCAUUGGCUGGGGAUCUGGGGGGGAAAGUAUUUAGCACUAUCACAUUUUCUUGUCAACAGAAAAAACGUCAGAAAGCAAAUUCAGUUGAUGUGGAGCAGAAGACAAGAAAGAAGAAGGAUAGGGGCACUUCAUCCCCCUCUCCAAUUCCAUCUGACCGUUCUGAACGGAAUGGCUCCGCUACCUCUGACCCCUCACCCUCUGACAAACUCUCCUCCCUCCAUCCACCUCCCUCUCCUGUUAAAUGUUCCUCUCAGCCUUGCUCUCCUGCUGAACAACCCUCUGUACCCCGGUCACCUGCCAAAAACCCUUCCCCAGUUAAAUUCUCUCCAGUGGUGUCCCAGCCUAGUUCUCCCUCUCCUACCAACCCUCUGGACCGUCAUGGAGACACCAGUCAGGAGGGCACAACAGUCAGACUUCUGUCUCUUCAGGAACACUCUAGUCCAAUGCCCCAGAGACCAGUCUCAGCCACCAGAAGCAUGACUCUUCCCAGGGCCAGCUCAGCCACCAGAAGCAUGACUCUUCCCAGGGCCAGCUCAGCCACCAGAGGGUCAGAAGAGACCCAGGGGGCCAGAGGAGAACGGGGGGGAACUGGUCAACAUGGAACUUCUUGGGUUGCCUAACAUUGGCAACACUUGCUUCCUUAACGCCACCCUGCAGUGCCUCCUGGUCCUGCCUUCCUUCUCAAAGGAAAUCCUGCACCAGGAACAACUCUGGAGCUCCUCCCCCUUCUCCAACCUGCUCAGGUGUCUGUCUGAUGUGCACCGUUCGGGUUUACCUGACAGUAUGGCAAACCAGGCCUCAAAAGCAGACCUCAUGUGGAAGGUCAAGUACUCCUUGUCGGGAUACGAUUUGAAGUAUCUGGGGGACACGCAACAGGACGCACACGAGUUACUCGUCAAUAUGCUGUGCCAGCUGAAGGAGGAGGGCAUGAUUCUGAAGACACUCGGGAUGAACUAUACCUGCCCUGUUUCCCAGCUGGAGUUCCAGCUUGUGUCGGUGCGCACAUGUACCAGCUGUGGGCGCGAGUCGUCCACCAGAGAGGACUACAACCACCUCUCAUUGGACAUCAGCCCUGAGCGCACCUUGCUGAACAGCCUAGCACUCACUUUCAAAAGUGAACAGGUUGAAUUCACAUGUGAGGGCUGUAAAGGCCUCCACGCCUCAAAGGUGGAGCAGUUCCACACACUGCCUCUUGUGCUGGUUCUGCAUCUGAAGAGGUUUGGAGGACCUGGGGGGUUGGAGAAGCUGGAGGCUCCUCUUUUGUUUCCUUCGGAGCUGAGGCUCUCCACCCUCUGUGGGGACAUGGUGCCACACCUGCACAGUGCCAGCCCACAGGCCCUCACCAACCAGGCCCCCAGCAUCCAGGGGUCCAUCCCCCAGACCCUCGCCAGCCAAGUCUCCAGACCACCUGGAGAGGCCAAAGACAGCGCCCUCUGCUGUUCAGAAGCAGAAGCCAGUACAGUCAGUGAAUGGUUACUACCAGCUGACUGGCGUAGUCUCUCAUUUGGGAGGCUCCGCAAACUCCGGGCACUACAUUAGUGACAUAUUGCAUGCCAGUGGAAACUGGUUCUGCUGUAACGACAGCCAGGUGUCAAUGUCCAAUGAAGCCACUGUGCUGAGGACCAGAGCCCGGAGUGCCUACAUGCUCUUCUAUAUGUUCAGGUACUGCUUACUCUCGCCAUCUAUAUUCUUGUGUUGCUAUUUAUGUGUACGGUUCCUUUCACCCUACCGGGCAAUAGAGCGGGAGGCCCCAGCACACAGGGCCUAACAGGGCCACCAGCAUCAGCCCCAGACUAAACAGGGGCAGCACCUGGACCAGCCUCCAAACACUCAGACCUGUCUCAACAGGGGUGGUACCAGGCCCAGCCUCAAAACCCCCAGCCCAGCCUCAACCCUCACACACCUGCCUCGAAAGGGGUAGCACUUGGCCCAACAUCAACAACCCCGAGCCCAGCCACAACAGGGGCAGCACUGGGCCCAACAUCAACACACCCAGCCCAGCCUCAACAUGGGAAGAACCAGGCCCAGUCUCAACAUGGGCAGAACAAGACCCAGCCCCAACACCCUCAGACUUGCCUCAAUGAUGUGAUUGAGAUGCUUAAUAUCAACGAUGUUUACAAUGACGCCACACCCUUACUGUACCAUUGUGACCUGUCACUAUUAAAGGCUGUGUGACG